AUGCUCUCCAAGGAUGCGCUUUCCAUGGAUGAGCAGGAUGAGACGACCAGCUUUUGGUCCUCUCUUAUGCCCAAGUCGGGCGUCAUGUGGAAGGAAACGGAUCUCUGGGGCGACGUGGCCCUGGAACUGAGGAGAUCUCAGUUAUUGGGCCAAGACCCUUCGGCGCAUCAUUCCAGGCCAGCGACAACUCCGGCGGAUGUUUCAGGCUUCUCGCUGUUGCGGCCUCAUCGGGCGCCGUCGCCCUAUUCUGGGCCGGUGGGUGGCCGCUUCCGGAGACGUGAUCCGAGGAUCGAGCGCGACAUCCAGAAGCGCCGAGAGCGGGCCUUUCGGGGCGGGGACGUGAGUCUCGGCCGUGCGUUCAUCGAGAUGCACAUGCCUGCCUCGGUCGUCUUGCGCGUCCUAAGCUGUCUGGCUGGUGUGCUUUCAGUGGGCAUGGCAGACACCCCGCCUGCGUCGGGAGAAGCGGCCCCAGCCCCCAAGUGCGGAUGCAAAGCCUGGGCUCCAAGCAAGUUUCAGAGGUUCCUCGUUGACUUGGUUUUCACUGCGGUUCUCAACUUGGCAGACUUCGUGUCGGACUGGUUCGUGAUUCUGCAAUACGGGUGCUUGCUGCCUUCCAGCCUACAUACCGGAUGUGGCGCAGCCGAGGGGCCAGCAAGCGGGAUCUGUGAGCCCCACCCCUGGUGGCUUGGAAUUGGUGUGACAAUGUUGACCGUCUCCAACCUGGUGCAAGGUGUUGCAUGGCUGGUAGGCAAUCUAGGUGCUCUGAAGGGCGUAUACGGCGACGAGCCAACAAUGUGUGGAGCGCUCGCGCUGUUUAUGCUGGCAUUACUCCAGCUCCACUAUGCCGUCGACAUCGUGAUGGCCAUACGUGAAGGGGUACCGGAUGACGAUGAAGAGCGCCUUGCAGGUCUGGCUGCAAGAGACCUUUGCACAAAGGUUUUCGAGAGUACGCCGCAAAUGUAUUUUCAAGCGUACAUCCUCUUCAUCUUAUCAGCGCAUAGCGAGCCCCUUAAGAUCGCCUCAGUCCUCCUCUCAGUCUGUUCAUUAAGCCACGGAGUCCUCAAGUUCUGCAUCUUUAGGGCUAAAUCUGUCCGUGCCAAUAAAAGGGCUAAAGCUACGAAAUCUGGCGAUGAAGUCGAAGUCUCCGACGUCAUAGCACUCUCAAAGACCACCUUCCGGAUUGUGGCCUUCCUGCACCUGGCCUCAGACCAGGCCAUGCGAACAGCAGGAAUUGCCCUGGUUUUGUCUUCAGAGGUCCGGCCCUACGGCAUCCUGCUACUCGUCGUGGCCGUGCUCACGACCUGCGGGGUCUACGUUUGGACGAUGACGGAGUGCAGCAAGGGCUGUGGGGAGAAGAUUGGCUUUGGGUUGGUGGCCUUCUUUACGGCUUACCUCAUUCCGAUACUGUUCCCGGGUGGGUUUCAUGAGACGGGUGAGGCCAGAAUAGACCUUGCCACACGGCGCUGCUUGAUCCCGCGAUGGAUCGAGACAGCAGGCUGUGCCCUCUUGGCCUUCCUCUUGGCAAAGACCAAGUGUGGCCACACACCAGUCUUUGAGGUAGCUGGGCUGCUGGGCCUGCUGGUCUUCAACAUUCUAUGUUACGUCCUCAUGCGCACCUGCUUCGACUGCAAGACCGGUGACUUCACGUGCUUCCAGCACAGCACGCCGGACAUCGAAAGCGAUAGCGGGGCGGAGGUCUCCGGCUGGUCUACUGGUCCUCAGGACCUGCAAGAGCUCGCCAGAGGAUCCGAAGCAGCGGAUGCUCCAACCACCGGCCCGGAGAGUCGCGAAGGCGAUGCGGCCUCUGCGGAAGAAGUCAUCUCAGACUACGGCCAGGCGAACGCGAACGCAGCGCUGGAGCUGCCAGGCUCAGGAAGCUGGCUGUGGGUUCUCUCUGCUGCGGGUCUGUUCUCCCAGGGGCCUGAGGCACCCUUGGUUUUCUCACCAUGA